UAUAGAAGACCGAUCGUGGUGCUGAAAAGGUUAAUAAUAUUGGGAAAAAACCAAUAGUUUAUUGUAGCCUUAAAUUAUUAUCGUAAUGUUGCCUAUAUUGAAUAAAUACCAUCGCCAAGAAUCGCUCUAUCAUUCGUUCAAUAUUGACGUAACUGACGUGACAUAAAAUGACAUUGACAUUUAUUAAUUUGUAGAGUUUGAGCUUGUGGAUUCAGGAUUGCGAUUUCCUAUUUUCAGUGAUUUUACAAUAUAAACAAAGCAGUUUCUCCUAAAAAUAAUAUUGAAGAUGACCUUAAAUCUUGCCCGUAAAGACGGCGGUCCUGGAUACGUGGGUAUACAAUUUUGUCAAGAAUGCAACAACAUGCUUUACCCGCGAGAAGACAAAAACAACAAAGUUUUGUUAUACGCGUGUAGAAACUGUGAUUAUAAGCAACUCGCAGAUUCUAAUUGCGUCUAUGUCAACAAAAUUAUGCACGAAGUAGAUGAGUUAACGCAUAUUAACCCAGACGUAGUCAGUGACCCCACAUUGCCUCGAACGAAGGAUCACAUGUGCCCGAAGUGCAAUCACAGAGAAGCUGUAUUCUUCCAAGGACAAACGCGCCGAGCUGAAGAGGAGAUGAGACUUUAUUACGUCUGCACCAGCUGCAAGCACAGGUGGACUGAAUGAACUGUACUGUAUUACUAUAAAAUUAAGAAAAUUAAAUCAGGUAAACUUCA